AUGUGCAGUAUCUCACAGCUCCCACCCGUCCUCCCCCAGCAUGACCCAGAGGCCGCAGAGAUCAAUAGAGAUUGGGAAGAAGAAGAUCGGACUGCCGAGGAGGUAUUGGAGGAGGAGUUUGGGAAUCCGCUCUCGGGGGGGACAGGCAGCGUUGCAUCUGUCGUUAGAGGGGCGUUGGAGAUUUUGACGGGUUUGAUGAGUACGGAAUACCAUAGGACUCAUUUGAUCCAAGAUAUCACCACCACCUACCUCGAGCUCGAAGAAGAUAUGCGCCUCUCCUACGACAAUAACGGGGGAUACAUGGCACCCUCUCGGCACGCGGCGUUGAUGCUCACAAAAGGUCUACUCAUACAAGACUAUGAGAGUCUACAAAUGCUUGCAGAAGAAUACGAGACCCCCCCAGUCGAUAAGAUGAAUGCCGACGCUGUCAAUGCUCAAGCUGUGGUGUUCAACGAUCAUCUUCUUGGCUUCUAUCGGCUGUACGACAUCGAAUAUGCCAAGAGAGAACAACAAUUCCAAGUGGAAAUGAAGAGAAAACUGGAACAGCUGGCGUCAAAGUACCGCGAGAGGUCUCUAUCGCUCUCUCGAGAUAUAUUUCCCGUUGGAGAUGAGCUUGAGGAUUGUUGGGAGAAGCAAGGGAGGAUGAUGGAGAUGUUGGAGGAGGAAGAGCUGUCCAUCGCUUCUAGAAAACUGGUGGAAGCUACGGGGACGAAGAAGAAUAGUCCCGAGGUGAUUGAUGUUGCGUCGUGUAGCUUUCAUCCUCUUCAGUAG